AUGGAGGAGGUAUCCACCAGGCCCAAUCUCGAGUACAUCUCCCCUCUCCCAAAAAUGAAGCAGAGGACCGGAUCGACUACUUUUACACAAAUUACCUGCGACGAUGCUAAGCUUAGAGUGAACGGUUUUACUGAUAGCCGAGCCGAGAUGGACUCUCUAAGUUCGAUGCACUCGCUUGUCCUUGAUUCUAAGGCACCAUCAGCAACGGUAUUCGUCGCGACCCAGUCAGAUCGACCCGCGAGCACGCCUUGCGCAGACGCACUAGGCGCAAACGGGCCACACGUGGUCACUAUCAGAAUAAACACCGACACAGAUAAGCCGAAAGCGCCCAAAAUAUCUAGUGUACAUCUCAAGAGCGACGUGGACUUUGACACGUUCAAGAUCAACGAUACGAAGAGGAAUAGCAGUCUGGUCAGGCUUAAUGUAGAGGACACUCGUCCGAAAAUAGAAACGGAAGAACUGAGCAAGGACAAAGCGCCGUUCAUCUACUGUAGCUCGUACGUGAAUCCGAUGACCAACAUGAUAAUGUCUAGCGGGCAGUGCUCACCGAGCGACACGUUAGACUCGGGCACGUGCAGCGAUCUCGACGGAACGCCGCCACCUCUGCCCAAAAAGAAGUUAUCCAAAUCGAACACGAAGAAAUCCGUAUCCGUCACAGUCAUUAGCUCUUCUAGAACUCACGGCGAAAUAGAUUUUGAAGAUAACGACUCUAACAUAUCGUGUGACUCAUUAAACAGCAGCGAAUUGAAUGGAAGCGUACACGCCGACGAAAGUCACGGUGACGACGCGGGCAAAAAAGAAAAGAAACAAUCGCCCGAGCCUUUGCAAUCGUUCGCUAAAGUGAACAAUAAAGAUAGCUUUCUACCGCUGGGUUUGCUGCAAGAUAUCAGAGACCGAUCGGCGAAGCUAACGACGGUCGACAUCGAAAGUGAUUCGAGCGAACGCCAAGGGGAAGUUAGCCAGAAUAUUAAUGAGGAUGCUAAUGUGCAGAAAGAAAGCGCGCUGACGUCGUUCCGUUUGGUUUCACAGUGUAAUGACGAGCUGAAAAGAAGCGCGGAUACAAAGACGCCGAUCAUCACCGAAACUACUUACGAAGAGAGGAAGAAAACGGAUAACAUGAAGGACCAAAUGUGCUAUAGCAGUCAUUACUUCGACACGGACAAAUAUUACGAUUUCCAUUUAAACGAGAAACAAUUCGAUGACGCUCCAGUGAAAAGUGUUAGUGUUAAAAGUGAGUGCCCCGACUUGACGGAUGUGGAAUAUUUUGCUGGGAUAAAGGACUUCAAGAGUGAAGAAGCGCCCUCUACUAUUAAGAGUUCAAAGGGAACGAUUCGCGGUGUAAAGAACCGAGUUCGCGCCGGAAUCGCUACGUUCCUUCAAAUGCAGAGCACUACCAAGAGUUACAAAGAAAAGGACGCGGGUAAAGUUGUGGUGUAUACCACCACAAUGGGCAUAGUGAGAAGUACCUACCAGCGCUGUGUCCUUGUGAAGAAGAUACUCCGGAAUCUGCUGGUGAAAUUUGAAGAACGGGAUGUGUUCAUGAGCAUGGAGUACCAGGACGAGAUCAGGGAUAGAAUGAAGAGUGACCAGAUUCUAGUGCCACAGCUUUUCGUAGAUGGAUAUCAUAUUGGGGACGCAGACACUGUUGAAAAACUGAACGAGAGCGGCGAACUGAGAAAAAUGCUGAAACCGUACAAGAGUCCUGACGCGUGCAACACCUGUCAAAUGUGUGGCGGUUUCCGUCUUCUUCCGUGUCGUAUUUGCAACGGAUCUAAAAAGAGCCUUCAUAGAAACCAUUUUACUGCUGAAUUUGUUGCUUUGAAGUGCAUGAACUGUGAUGAAGUCGGCCUCGUAAGAUGUGAGGCUUGUUCUUGA